GUGCAUUCUAUCAGUCUACAAAAUCAGUAAUAAAAUAUUUCAUCACAUGAACUAAGAAAACGGGCUUUCAACACUACAUGCUUACACGUAACAACUGUCUACACUGAAAUAUGAUAACAACAGUAAAGUUUAAAUACUAGUAUGGCGUCGGCAUCAGGUCUUCGAGAUUUACAACAGAUAGUAAGGGAUGGACUUAGCACUCUGGUUUUUGCAUUUGGAUACAAAGUCGGAUUAAUUGAUGCGUUACUCAAAGAACAACACCCCUGUUCUGCGGAAGAGCUAAGUCAGAAGACAGGUAAAAAAUUAAGGUACGUACAAGAAUGGUUGGGUUGCCUGAUUUCGGCAGGAAUAGUCCGACUUCACGAGGACGGCAAAUACUCACUUCCAUAUGAAGAGCCUGUGGUGAGGGAAUGCUGUAGCAUUGCCUCUGUCCUCCCUAUACUCUGUGAGAUGUUUCCUCGACUAGAAAACGUCAUGUCAGAAGAUGGACCGCGAGGUUACGGGUGCUACGAGCCUUUCCUGCAUUGGUGGGGUCAUUUCUUUACCCUGGAAGCAAUUCAAAAGUGGAUAAAAGAGCUGUUUGUCCCAGUACUGGAACUCAAACAAGGGAACCAAUUCACUAUGCUAGAUCUUGGAUGUGGUUACGGAAAGUUUACUUUAGAAAUAGCUAAAUUGUAUCCUGAGAGUAGCAUUUAUGGUAUUGACAUAGAUCCCAUCUCCAUAGAUCACGCCAAAAAAGAACUCUCAAAUUGUGACACGAAAAAUAUUCAAUUUAUCUGCAGAAAAGGGGGAGAACUUCCAGAGGAUUGGACAGAGAAGUUUGAUUUUGUCUUCAUUAACGACGUUCUUCACGAUUCUUUCGAGGUCGACGCCAUGCUUGAAGGAACAAAGAGGGUCCUGAAACCAGAUGGAUAUGUAGCAACAUAUGACCCUCCCAUAUCCUCCUAUCCCCACAAGCUAAUCAAUGAUCCAACAGCACAGAUGGAGUUACCUCUUAGUCUCUUUUCGUGCCUUCCGUUGAGUUUAUCGGGUCCCUCCGGUGGGGGUUUAGGUGUAGGAUGGGGAUAUGAACGAAAGAAGAAAAAGAUAGAGGAACAUGGAUUCCGACUGAUACAAGUUAGGGAUAAGGACAUUAAUACUAUACAAGAACGUGUUGUCUUCCAAAAAUAAACAUAUGAAAAAAAUGUACAUGUAUCAUGCACUACGUGAUAUACAUGUAGCAAGACAGGUUGUAAUCGACUGAUUUUUUGUAAGAAUAUUAAAGUUAAUUAAUGUUCUUACUUUAUGAUAUACAUGUAUUCUAUUUCUUUAUGAAAAGGUCAAAAUUACUACAUUUUUUUAAACUAUAUCUUAUGUUAAAAA